AUGCCAGUCACCAACGGUAAGCGACCGCGCGAGGAUUCUGGUGUGCCGGUGGAUGAGGCGGCCACGCGCGACACGGCUCGGUGCGCUUUGGAGGCCAAAGACGCCGCCGCAACGCCGCUGGACCGUGUUGUUGUUCUCAACGUUGGUGGCACGAAGAUAACUACGUUGCACUCUACGCUGUGUUCUUCCCCAUCGUUACUGGCGCAGUGGGCGGAGGACAACUUCCAGGAGUUCCCGCGUGAUUUGCAGGGUCACCCGUUCCUUGACCGCGACCCGGAGAACUUUGUGCACAUUCUCAACUACCUGCGCGGCUACGGGCUGCCGAACAAGGCCGACGACCUCGUCGUCGUGGCCAAAAAUGCAAAGCUGUAUCAAUUGGAAUCCCUGAAACCCGAGAUUGGUCUCCAACCCCAAUCGAAGUGGCGCCUUACCCCCGCCCGGGAAUCGCGACGAUGGCUUGGAUUCUCACCUUCGAAUUCCUUGACUGUGGUGCAAAAACCCUUUUACCGGGCUUGUCCAACCAUCGUCUUUCCGUUGAAAAUGCGAACUGGUUUCCCUGGGUCGUUGCCUUAA